AUGAUUCUCACAGAAGCACAAUCUACUAAGGAGUCCGAUGAGGGUGGCAUGAAUGCCGUUGAUCACACGAAUGGGAUUGAGACAAAUGGAAAGACAUCACACACACCACUCUGGCAAUCGAUCAAAGUAUUCCCCAGAAUCGUGGGAUAUUGUCUCGCGCUAAGUUCGGCAAUUCUUCUUUAUGGAUAUGACCUUGUUAUUGUAGGGACAGUGGCUGCUAUGCCCCAAUUUCAACUUGUUUUCGGCCAGGAACUCAAUGGAAAGUAUAUCAUCCCUUCGAUGUGGCUUUCCCUUUGGAACGUCUCUAGUUGCAUCGGCUUGAUGUUCGGCUCCAUCCUCGGUGGUUACUAUCAAGAUCGUCGUGGGCGUCGGAUUACGCUCGCUUUAGGCAGUUUCCUAUCCACCAUUGCGGUCGCGAUAUGUUACAUCUCCGAUCUACCAGACGGAAUGGAAACUCGCCGAGGGGUAUUCUUCGCCGGUAAACUGUUCCAGGGGAUCUGCAUUGGAAUUCUUCUCUGUGUUACACAGACGUACAUGUCCGAGGUACUCCCUGUUGUUCUCCGAGGACCGAUCAUCGCAUUCUAUCCAAUCUUCACGCUUCUCGGACAACUGGUUGGGUCUAUCGUGGUUUAUACUUCGCUCAAGCAUACAGGCGCACAAUCAUAUCGGAUUUGCUUUGCGUCGCAAUGGCCAUUCUCAGCUGUCCCGUUCGUUCUAGCAAUAUUUUUACCAGAGAGUCCAACCUGGUUACUGAGGAAGGGAAAAACGGACAAGGCUCUCGAGGCGCAAAACAAGCUUGAUACGAAUCUUGUGAACUCGCAAUCUGUAAUCGAUGAGUUACAGUCGUCAAUUUCAGCAGAGGAUGAGGAGAGCACAACCCAUACAUAUGUGGACUGCUUCCGAGGAGUCAACAUGCGCAGAACUUUGAUUGUGGCUUUUGCAAACGUGAUACCUCAGAUGUUCGGACUUCAGCUGCUGGCAAAUGCUUCGUACUUUAUGCAGAUCGUGGGCAUGAGUUCAUCUAAUAGCUUGGUAUUCUUGAUCUUGGGUAUUGGACUGGGCCUCGUUGCGAAUGUUAUAAGUCUGUGGGCACUCAAUGCCUUUGGCAGAAGAUUUCUUAUUCUACUUACUCUGGGUAUUGUUAUGGUUCUAUGGUUGGCGAUAGGAAUCGCAGGGAUCUUCAAGGGAACUGUGAUGAUAUGGUAUACAGCAGUUAGCAUGAUGGUUAUUACUAUGGUCUCUGGCCUUGGAUCAUGGCCUGCAUCUCAUGUCGUUGCCGCCGAGGCGUCCUCGCUGCAACUCCGAGCCAAGACUCAAGGUAUUGGGUGGUUUACGAGCGGUGUCGGAACUGCAGUAUUCGCCAUCAUCUUGCCGUAUAUCUACAACGCAGACCAAGGAAACUUGAGAGCGAAAACAGGGUUCGUGAUGGCAGGAUUCGCCGCUGUUGCAGCCGUUGUAGUGUGGCUGGCUAUCCCAGAGAUGAAAGGGCGGACACCGAUGGAGAUUGAUCGCAUGUUCUCGUUGAGGUUACGGACUCGGGAAUUCCAAGACGGGGAGCAAUCCACGGGACGUGACUCUUGUUUCCUUCCUCGCCACAUUAUUAUCACAUCCUCAAGAGCCAUGUCAGAUACCCCACCAGCCAGGACCAAACCCAAAUCCGACAAGCGUGGGACACGGAAUUCUCUUUCGUGCGCACAAUGUCGUUACAAACACACCCGCUGCGACGGCCGUAAGCCCGUCUGCUCACGCUGCGCCACAAAUACAGUGCAAUGUACUUAUCCUGUAUCACGGCGACGUGGAAAUCCAAAAUCGGUGAAAGUCACCCUGUCACCUGUCGGAGAUGUCCAUGAGAACUCCAUUGGCUCAUCGGUGCAAACUUCCACUGUCGGUUCUUCCUCUUCCGUCGCUACCAACGGGGAAAUUGAAUCACAUUCCACCUCGGCUUCCUCAUUUCUGAGCUUGUAUUACGAGUUCUUUCAUGCGGCCCACCCUUGCGCCUUGCCUUUUCAAGUCUUGAAGACUCGUCUCAACGAGGCGAACAUCCAACCUCUCCUUCGAGUGAUGUGUUAUAUCGGAUCUAUUUUCGAUAUUUCCUGCCCGUCGCAAUUAUUAGAAUCGUGCGCCCAACGUGCCCAAGACUCAGUGAUCGAAAUUAAGUCAUCAACCCGGCCUCUUACGCCCUUUGACAUUCAAGCUCUUCUACUUUACUCUAUCGCCGUCUACUGGUGCAAUGAACCGGAAAGUGGCGUUGAGCUCCUUGACGAAGCAAUUCGCAUGGCGGUAGCCCUUGGGAUGAACAAAAAGGAAUUCGCUCGAAACUAUGCAGAAGGCGAUUCUAUACUAGAAGAAAGUUGGCGCCGCACUUGGUGGGUGAUUUAUAUCACCGAUGCCCACAUUGCCGGAUCUACCCAUACGUACCCGUUCCGAACAAGUGGUAUUGAAAUCACUACCGACCUUCCUUGUGAAGAAGAACAGUAUGAAAAAGGGGUCAUCCCAACACCACGCUCCCUAGAAGAUUAUGAGAAUAGAGAAUUCCUCGGCGAAGAUGAAACUAAUUUUUCCUCCUACGCGGAGCUUAUUGGCUUGACCCACGGAAUUGAUCGGGCCUUAUCCCCAGGCAACAAUACAGAUGAUCAAAUAUACACUACACUGGCUGCUAGCUCUGAUACUAGUAUCCGAGCGUGGUGCUCUCUUCUUUCUCCGGAAAAGAGGCAAUUAAUUCGUCCUGAUGGAUCAUUUGAUGAGGUGAUGUUCAAAGCAUUCUUCAUUAUGCACACAUAUACCGUUGGAAUUCAUCGGCCGCUGUCAGCGUUGACUCACAGCGCAAUCGAAUCCGUGUCGCGCUGUGCUCCAUUGGCCCCGUCAGAAAAGCUGAAAUGCAACAACGCGAAGGAACGUGACCUGCAUACUCUCAAAUGCACACAGGCUAUCAAUAGCAUUGAUGAACUAUUGACUCUGCCAACUGAUAUGAAGAACCACUCUCCCUUCAUUAUUUGCAUGAUUGCCAACGUGACCAUUGCGCAUCUAUCGGCUUGCAGAUUUAUCUUUUCUGGGGACCGACGAGCUAAGAGCCGGGAGAAGAUUAGGUUGACUAUGGGUACUUUGAAGCGUCUAAGUGAGCAUUGGACGCUAGGCAAACGGACCUAUCGUGAGAUUGGAAUUAUCGCCCGAGAAUUGUUAUCCCUCGCAAAAGAUCCCCCCGCUAGUGUGGCCGCCAUUGACUUGCCCCUUCCGGACCCAAUUGCACCUGACUUCGCAGCAUUGGACAUGUUACCCGACGGCAACUUUGACUUCUGUGCCUUUUUUGAUGCGGAUGCUCCCACUCUAGCUGAACCGGGUUCUUUUAUUUUACAAUAG